AUGGUGAAGGAUGUUCAUCGACUUGCAAAUCUUGGAGUGCGACUCUUAAAUUUCGAAGAUGGAGGGGUGGUUCUUCAUGAUAUAUCUAAAUCAUACCUUUGUGGAGAAGUUAAAGAAAAGCAGGCCGGAGAUCCCAUCUUGAUCCAGAUAAAGUGUGAUGUGGGUCACCAAAAGGUGAUGUCGUCUGAGAUUGGUGGUGAUGGUCUGGGGAAUCUUAAAGAUCUACUGGACCUUGACUUAUCGUCAAACAACAUGGUUGGUUCUUUACCUCCAGAAAUUGGAAAUCUAAAGGUUUUGGUACAACUAGAUCUAUCAAUGAAUGGAUUCUCAAAUGAAAUCCCUAGAGAAAUCGGGGGAUUGUGUAGGCGAGGUAAAAUAGCUCCUCAACAAGCUGAUUCAGUGUCUACCAUAACAAGAGAAAGAAUUUCAUUCUAUGAAUUGCUCCAAGUAACUGAUGAGCUUAGCGAGAGUAAUCUGAUUGGUUCGGGAAGUUUUGGCACUGUUUACAAAGGCAUUCUCAGAAGUGGAGUUGUCAUUGCAGUUAAAGUGUUCAUUCUACAACUAGAUGCGGGAUUUAAGAGUUUUGAUACAGAAUGUGAAGUUUUUCGGAGCCUUCGCCAUAGGAAUCUCGUAAAAGUCAUUACUAGUUGUUCCAAUCUUGAUUCUAAGGCUAUAGUGCUCGAGUAUAUGCCUAAUGGGAGUCUUGAGAAGUAUUUGUAUUCGCACAACUACUUCUUAGACAUCAUGCAGAGACUAAGCAUAAUGAUAGAUGUGGCUUGUGCAUUGGAAUAUCUCCACCAUGGGUGCUCAUUGCCAGUGAUUCACUGUUAUCUGAAACCUAGUAACGUCUUGCUGGAUGAGGAUAUGGUUUCCCACCUAAGCGACUUUGGUAUCUCAAAACUUCUUGGUGAAGAUGAGAGUGAUUUAUACACAAAAACCUUAGCAACAUUGGGAUAUAUUGCACCGGAAUAUGGACUGGAUGGAUUGGUGUCAACAAAAUGUGAUAUCUAUAGUUACGGGAUCAUGUUGUUGGAAACGUUUACCAGGAGAAAGCCUAAUGAUUUUGAGGGAGAUGUUAACUUGAAGCAAUGGGUGAGUUACUCACUUCCAGAGGCAGUAAUGUAUGUCGUAGAUGCCAACUUGCUAACUUCGACUGGUAAUCGCUUACGGAAGGAGCUAGAUGUUUUGGCAUCCAUUAUGAAAGUGGCAUUUGAUUGUUGUGCUGAAUCUCCGGCGAGAAGGACUAACAUGAAAGAUGUUGUAGGAAUGCUACAGAUGACCAAGAUUCAACUUCUUGAAUGUGGAUCAUUCCUUCCCUGUAUUUCCAUAAGCCACCCUGGCCUUGCAGCGAUAGCAAACCGGGUGCUUUUUACUGAUGCAGAGGCAGAUUCAGCCAAGAUCCAAACCAACAUUACCACUGAUCAAUUGGCUCUUUUUUCUCUGAAAUCCCAAAUUGUUUCAGAUCCCUUUCAUUUCGUGGAUGAAAGUUGGUCUCCUGCUAUGAUUCCCCGUGAAUUUGGAAACCUCUCAUUUCUUGUUUCUCUCGACUUGGGAAGCAACAAUUUCCAUUGA